GUUGAGUUGUAUAAGUUCUUUAUAUAUUUUGGAUACUAACCCUUUAUCAGAUAUAUGAUUUACAAAUAUCUUCUCUCCUUGUGUAUGUUGCCUUUUCAUUCCUCUAAUUGCUUCUUUCCUUGUGCACCUCUCGGUUUGAUGUAGUCCUACUUAUUUGGCUUUUGUUGCUUGUGGUUUUGGUGUCAUAUUAAAAAAAACAUUGGCAAGACCCAUGUCAAGGAGCUUUUUUCCAGUUUGCUUCUAGAAAUUUUACAAUUUCAGGUCCUAUGUUUAAGUCUUUAAUCCAGGAAUACGAGUCUGAAGAACGAAAGUGAGUUACUGAGAAGCCAAACAGAAACCAAACGUGAGCUUCAAAGAAGUUGGGGUGCAGUUCUCUUCAGAGCAGGGAAAAAAGAGAGUGGUAAAGAGGACAUAUUUUGGGCAGGAGAUUUAGGACCGUAAGGAUUAAACUGCGGGCAUUUAGAAAGGCCAAAGCCUGAUCUGCGACAAAUUUUUAAAGAAUUCAGAAAAAAAAAUGCCAUAGGCUGUUGUCUUUCCUUUCUGGGGUUUGAAGGUCUUUUCAUCUGUUUGAUCACUGGUGGCUGUCGCUUGUUGGGACUUUGCUUUCGUUUAUUUGGUUGCUGUCGUGCACCACCAGAGACAGAAAAGGAAGAAAUAAAAAUCUCCCUUCCUUGUGAAGUUAAGAAGAAAGCGGCCUCUUAACAUCUUUUCACUCUCCCAUUUUCGUCUUAGGGACGGUCCUCAGCAGUCGUUAAGAACUAGCGAGCGAGCCGGCGCUGCUCUGAGGAGAUGCGCUCCCGUUUGGGGGCGGGACCAGGGGAAACCCCGCCUUCUAAACCCAAUCCCAGCUCUCCGCCGGCGGACAGGAAGCGGCGGCGAGCCCAGCUGCCGGGGAACCGGCCCUCGUGCGCAUGCGCGCGCCCCUGGGGAGCCUGGGGGAGGGGGAGGGGCGGGAGGAAGGGGUGCGGCUGGGUCUGCCGGUUGGGCGUCGCGCAUCACGUGGUGAGGAAGGAGGCGGAGGUCCCGGGCUCGGGGGAGGGAGGUAGAGAAGAGGGAAGGAGCGAGGGAAGGAACGCGGGGAAGGGAGGAAGGAAACGAACGAGGGGGAGGGAGGUCCCUGUUUUGGAGGAGCUGGGAGCUUUGCCGGCCCCUGAAGUGGAGCGAGAGGGAGGUGCUUCGCCGUUUCUCCUGCCGGGGGAGGUCCCGGCUUCCCGUGGAGACUCCGGACCAAGCCCCUUCAGCUUCUCCCUCCGGAUCGAUGUGCUGCGGUUAACCCGUGAGGAGGCGGCGGCCGCGGAAGAUGGUGUUGCUGAGAGUGUUAAUUCCGCUCCUCUCCUGGGCGGCGGGGCUGGGAGACAUUUCAACCUACGAAUGAAGAGGGAUACAUCCCUUUUCAGUGAUGAAUUUAAACUAGAAACAUCAAAUGAAGUACUUGAUUAUGAUACCUCUCAUAUUUACACUGGACAUAUUUAUGGUGAAGAAGGAAGUUUUAGCCAUGGGUCUGUUAUUGAUGGAAGAUUUGAAGGAUUCAUCCAGACUCGUGGUGGCACGUUUUAUGUUGAGCCAGCAGAGAGAUAUAUUAAAGACCGAACUCUGCCCUUUCAUUCUGUCAUUUAUCAUGAAGAUGAUAUUAACUAUCCCCAUAAAUAUGGUCCACAGGGGGGCUGUGCAGAUCAUUCAGUAUUUGAAAGGAUGAGGAAGUACCAGAUGACUGGUGUAGAGGAAGUAACACAGACACCUCAAGAAGAACAUGCUGUUAAUGGUCCAGAACACCUGAGGAAAAAACGUACAACUUCAGCUGAAAGAAAUACUUGUCAGCUUUAUAUUCAGACUGAUCAUCUGUUCUUUAAAUAUUAUGGAACACGAGAAGCUGUGAUUGCCCAGAUAUCCAGUCACGUUAAAGCAAUUGAUACGAUUUACCAGACUACAGACUUCUCCGGAAUCCGUAACAUCAGUUUCAUGGUGAAACGAAUAAGAAUCAACACAACUGCUGAUGAAAAGGACUCUACAAAUCCCUUCCGUUUCCCAAAUAUUGGUGUGGAGAAGUUUCUGGAAUUGAAUUCUGAGCAGAAUCAUGAUGACUACUGUUUGGCCUAUGUCUUCACAGACCGAGAUUUUGAUGAUGGUGUUCUUGGUCUGGCUUGGGUUGGAGCACCUUCAGGAAGCUCUGGAGGAAUAUGUGAAAAAAGUAAGCUGUAUUCAGAUGGUAAGAAGAAGUCCUUAAACACUGGAAUUAUUACUGUUCAGAACUAUGGGUCUCAUGUACCCCCCAAAGUCUCUCACAUUACUUUUGCUCAUGAAGUUGGACAUAACUUUGGAUCUCCACAUGAUUCUGGAACAGAGUGCACUCCAGGAGAAUCUAAGAAUUUAGGGCAGAAAGAAAAUGGCAAUUACAUCAUGUAUGCAAGAGCAACAUCCGGGGACAAACUUAACAACAAUAAAUUCUCACUCUGUAGUAUUAGAAAUAUAAGCCAAGUUCUUGAGAAGAAGAGAAACAACUGUUUUGUUGAAUCUGGCCAACCUAUUUGUGGAAAUGGGAUGGUGGAGCAAGGUGAAGAAUGUGACUGUGGCUAUAGUGACCAGUGUAAAGAUGAGUGCUGCUAUGAUGCAAACCAGCCAGAGGGCAAGAAAUGCAAGCUGAAGCCUGGGAAGCAGUGCAGCCCAAGUCAAGGUCCCUGUUGUACAGCACAGUGUGCAUUCAAAUCAAAAACUGAGAAGUGUCGGGAUGAUUCAGACUGUGCAAAAGAAGGAAUAUGUAAUGGCAUCACCGCGCUCUGCCCAGCCUCUGAUCCUAAACCAAACUUUACAGACUGUAAUAGGCAUACACAAGUGUGCAUUAAUGGGCAAUGUGCAGGUUCUAUCUGUGAGAAGUAUGGCUUGGAGGAGUGUACCUGUGCCAGUUCAGAUGGCAAAGAUGAUAAGGAAUUAUGCCACGUCUGCUGUAUGAAGAAGAUGGAUCCAUCAACUUGUGCCAGUACAGGGUCUUCGCGGUGGAGCAUGCACUUCGUUGGUCGAACCAUCACCUUGCAACCUGGAUCCCCUUGCAAUGAUUUUAGAGGCUACUGUGAUGUUUUCAUGCGGUGCAGAUUAGUAGAUGCUGAUGGACCUCUGGCUAGGCUUAAAAAAGCAAUUUUUAGUCCAGAACUCUAUGAAAACAUUGCUGAAUGGAUUGUGGUUUAUUGGUGGGCAGUAUUGCUUAUGGGAAUUGCCCUGAUCAUGCUAAUGGCUGGAUUUAUUAAGAUAUGCAGUGUUCAUACUCCAAGUAGUAAUCCAAAGCUGCCUCCUCCUAAACCUCUUCCAGGCACUUUAAAGAGGAGGAGACCCCCACAGCCCAUUCAGCAACCCCAGCGUCAGAGGCCCCGGGAGAGUUAUCAAAUGGGACACAUGAGACGUUAACUGCAGCUUUUGCCUUGGUUCUUCCUAGUGCCUACAAUGGGAAAACUUCACUCCAAAGAGACACCUAUUAAAUCAUCAUCCCCAAACUAAACCCUCACAAAUAACAGUCGGAGAAAAAAUGGCAAGAGAUCAUGUCCUCAGACCAGGUGGAAUUACUUAAAUUUUAAAGCCUGAAAAUUCCAAUUUGGGGGUGGGGGGUGGAAAAGGAACCCAAUUUUCUUAUGGACAGCUAUUUUUAACCUAAUGGCACAAAGUCUUAGAAUAUUAUUAUGUGCCCCGUGUUCCCUGUUCUUCGUUGCUGCAUUUUCUUCACUUGCAGGCAAACUUGGCUCUCGAUAAACUUUUAUCACAAAUUGAAAUAUAUAUAUAUUUUUUUCAACUGCCAAUCAAGGCUAGGAGGCUCGACCACCUCAACAUUGGAGACAUCACUUGCCAAUGUACAUACCUUGUUAUAUGCAGACAUGUAUUUCCUACGUACACUGUACUUCUGUGUGCAAUUGUAAACAGAAAUUGCAAUAUGGAUGUUUCUUUGUAUUAUAAAAUUUUUCCGCUCUUAAUGAAAAAUUACUGUUUAAUUGACAUACUCAGGAUAACAGAGAAUGGUGGUAUUCAGUGGUCCAGGAUUCUGUAAUGCUUUACACAGGCAGUUUUGAAGUGAGACUCAAUUUACCUUUUUAUAAUGAUGGAGUUGGUUCUGAUACUCCUCUUGUCUUCACCCCAUGGCUGCUAAGAGCAUAGGAGUGACUACGUUGAAGGACACAGUUAAGUGUGCAAACUGGAUGUGCGCAGCAUACUACUUCAGAGUCCGUUCUUACGUAAAUGUCUGAUUUCUGCUUAUUUUAAACUUUCUAAUUCAAUUCCGGUUUUGAAAUUUUAAUCACGCUUUGGUAGAAAUUAUGUCAAUGAAAUGAUUUUUUUUUAUUUGUAGCCUGUUAUUUGUGUUUUCCAUAUAUCUAAAGUAUGCUAAUUGUGUUUUUGGUUUUCUCUGAUAUGGAAAGGAAAAAGCUGUGUCUUUUAUUUUAUCAAAAUAUUAGAACAGUUUUUUCAGCAUACUAUCACUGAUCAUUGGUAACCACUAAAGAAGGGUGAUUUGUUCAACUAGUAGUUAAAAUUGUAGAUAGGCCUUCUGACAUUUUUUUCCUUAAAAUAUUUUAACAACAGUGAAGGUGAAACAGCACAAUGUCCCAUUCCAAAUUUAUUUUUUAAACAGAUGUAAAUAACUGGCUUUUUAAAGAAAGAAAGCAAAAGCAUUUAAUGUAGUAACAGGCUUAUUGCUAUGCAGGAAUGGAAGGGGGCAUUACAACAAAGUUUUAAGCUUGUGACAUAUUUAUUGCUUCUGUUUUCCAACUACAUCACUUAAAUUAGAAGUAAACAGCUAUGAUUUUUCUGGCUUCACAUAGGAGGCAAAUUUAGAGAACGUUGAAAAGAUUUGUGUUUUGGCUUUUUUUUUUCCUUUUUGUUUCUUAAGAGUAUAAGGUUUACACAAUCAUUCUCAUAAUGUGACGCAAGCCAGCAAGGCCAAAAAUGCUAGAGAAAAUAAUGGGAUCUCUUCCUUGUAAACUUGUACAGUAUGUGGUGACUUUUUUCAAAAUACAGCUUUUUGUACAUGAUUUAGAGACAAAUUUUGUACAUGAAACCCCAGAUAGACUAUAAAUAAUUCUAAACCAACAAGUAGGUAGAUAUGUAUGUAAUUGCUUUUAAAUCAUUUAAAUGCCUUUGUUUUUGGACUGUGCAAAGGUUGGAAGUGGGUUUGCAUUUCUAAAAUGGUGACUUUUAUUCUGCAAGAGUUCUUAGUAACUUCUUGAGUGUGGUAGACUUUGGAACAUGUACAUUUUUUGCUUGUAAUGUUAUCCUGUGGUAGGGUUUUGGCAGGUACCCACUGCCCUAUUUUAUUUUGAGUCUAAGUUAAAUGUUUUCUGACAAGAGAUACGUGCACUGAACUCUUUCCACUGCAAAUCAAAAUGUGGUAAAAACAAAAGGAUCAAGACAAAUGAGAUCUAAUACUACUGUCAGUUUAAUGUCCACUGUGUUUUAUACAGUAUCUUUUUGUUCACUUUGGAAAUUUUUACUAAAAAUUGCAAAAAAUAAAGUAUUGUGCAAAGAUGUAAGGUUUUUUGAAACUUGAAAUGCAUUAAUAAAUAGACUUGAUGAAAUCAA